AUGUCGGUUGAAGAGAAAAAUAUGACACAAGAAAUUCAAGAUAUUACAUUUGGAAUUGAAUCUGCAUUAAUUAAUUGUUACAGUUAUUUACAAUGGCAAUUUUCUGAUGGUAUACUGAAAGGUUUUAAUGGUGAUGUUGCAAAUGAAUACAUUUAUGAAUAUCAUCCUGACUCAGAUAACACACAAGUUAUUCGUCUUGUUUUCAAGGAAAAACUUGAAUCUAAAAGUGAUACAUUAGAAAGUAUAAUAGACAAAUUUAAUCGUAUUGAAGUUGUUCGCUUAGCAUUUCCCACUGGAAGCAUAGAUAAUCUUCCUACAGAUUGGUUGUUUACUAUCGAAACAACUAAUGUCAUUCGACAACUACCCAUGGAUAUUGUGAUUAUACCAAUUUCAUUAGAUGAAAAUGGUCGUUUACGUAUGUCACUACAAAUAAAUAAUAUUAAUAUUUAUGGAAAAAACAAAUUAACAAACGAACAAAUAUUAUUUGAUUCGAUUCAAAAUGGGAAUGCUAAGAUCGAUUUAGAUCUUACAAUACAAAACUCCAAUUAA